GAUUUUUGAGCAUUAAGACAGCUGUUUUUAGUUGUUAUCAAAAAAAUUAAAUUCAGGUUAUCAACAUUUUUUGGUAGAUAUGGAUCGACUUUGGGCCACUUUUAGAGAUGACAUUGAAAUUAUUUCCUACAAUGACAAAUACAAAGAGAGUUCAAUGGCCGCAUUUCGGGCGUCAUUUCUCGCUAACGAAAUGGUCUGUUGUGGCACAGAAGUCAACAAAUGUGAACAAGCAAAGGAAGAUCUCUCACUUUUGUGUCUCUACACCGCUAAAGAUGGCAUCAGUUUGUUAGCACGCGACAAAAAUACCGGCGAAAUUGUUGGAAUUCUCUUCAAUAAGAUACAAUUUCCAUCCGAUGAGCCUUCGUACUUUGAGCAUUUUCGUGAUAAUGUUUGCGUUUCCAAGAGUUCGAAGGCUCUGAUGAGUUACAUGAUCGAAAUGGACUCGAAAGUUGAUGUUUUUGAGAAAUACGGAAUUGAUUGUUUAGUAGAACUCAUGUUCAUUGGAGUCAUUCCUCAAUACGAGAAACGAGGAAUUGCAACAAAAUUAGCUGAAGUUGCUAUUGACAUCGCAAAAGGAUUGAAAAAUGGCAAAUAUUUGGAUUUAUUACCGGAAAACCUGAAAAAUAAAAGACCUCAAUUAGUUGCUGCUCUUUGGACAUCGAAAUUCUCCCAAAAAGUUGGACAAAAUUUGGAUUUUACCGUUUUGCAUGAAGAGCCAUACACAAAUUUCGUUUUUGAUGGAAAAACCUUUGCUUCGAGGAUUGGCGAGAUGCAUCCCUUUAGCACGUUGGCAGUGAAAAACAUCGACUAGAUGUGCAUUUAAAAACAAUUAAAAGGAAUGUU